AUUGCGUGGACAGUGGCUCACCCAGAAGUGCUACCAUUUCAAGGGCUUGUUCGCUCCGCCUGUCUCAACAGGACCCUUCCCGAUCUCAACAAAUGCAGUGUUGUGGCCGUUUUAACGUAGCCAAAACAAAAGUGAAGUGUGAAGCUUCAAGAAUACAGUGGCCGUGUUUGCCUUAUUUAUCUGAUGCACUUAAAGAAAAGGACUUUGCAGUUGCAGGUCUGCAAUCUGAUUUCAAAUGGCUGUCUCUCCCACCAAAAUCGGAAAAACCGAUGCUUCUCGGAAAGACAGCUGAGAUAAAACACGUGUAAAGCAACAUUUUUGUCUCCUCUGACACACAUCCGACCUCCAACAUGGCUGAGCCUCAGCAGGACGAGGCAGAGGAAGUGUAUGUGGAGCACCAGUACAUGUGCAGCGAGUGCCAGCAGCUCUUCAACUCCCUGCAGGACGUUCUGGUCCACCAGCAGAUCCACACCGCGCAGGAAGUGGAGGUGGAUGGCGGGGUGGCGGUGGCUUUCCAGGGCCUCCCAGAGGUGGAGCAGGAGCAGCACUACCAGUGCUUGGAGUGUGGCAGCGUGCUGGUGAACCCGGAGGAGCUUCUGCAGCACCAGGAGCUGCACAUGAGGGAGUCCGGCAUGGAGACGGAGCAGCCAGAUGUGUAUGAGGUCCAGGAGAUUGAGGAACCGGCGGCUGAAACUCAGCCGGUCCAGUACCAGUGCCUGGACUGUCUGGCUCUGUUCGACUCUCCUGAAACCUGGCUGGAGCACCGGCGCACCCACAACAGCAGCAGCACACACUCGGAAACACCGGUGGAGUACGUCCUGCAACCCGACGGAACAGUCGCACCUCUGAUGCAGAACUGUGUGUUGAGUGAGCAGCAGGCUGGAGAGAUUUUGGCUCAGGUACUGGCCCAGCAGCAGAAGAAACCCCUGGCCUCCUUGCUCCCUCCUGUCACAGCCACCCCAGGCUCGGCGACCAUGCACCUCCAGAUCCUCACGGCUCAAGCUGCGGCUGAUAACUCCGGCUCCAGGGCUCCGAAGAGGGCCAGACCGGCGCCUUUGCUGCCGGCCAUGGCCAAAGGCUCCUCUGCGAGGCUCAUGGAGAACGGCGUCCAGAGGUUGGAGCUGAGGCUGACUCCCCAAGACUACAUCAAGAUGCAAGCGGGCGAGCUGGUGGUGUGCGAGCCGUACGAGUGCUCCGAGUGCUCCCUUGUCUUACAAACGCCUGAGGACUUCCUGCGGCACCAGGGGGAGCACAUCCUGUGCCACGACAAAAGCCACCUGAAGGCCUUUCACCAAGGUGCCGCGGAGAGGAUGGACGUGCGGAUCGCGGUGUCGGAGAAGGAGCCGGCGUGGAGGAAAAGCCAGGAAUGUCCUCUGUGCAACCGGACCUUCAGCUCCAUCAACCGACUCACCGCUCACAAGCGCGUGCACGAGCAGGGCACGCACGAGUGUCCCGAGUGUGGGAAGGUCUUCAAGAAGGCCACCACGCUGCAGACGCACAUGCGCUCGCACUCGGGCGUGGCGCGGCAUCUGUGCGUGGACUGUGGCCAGAGUUUCCCUACUGAGUUGACCCUAGUCAUGCACAGGAAGUCGCACACCGACGAGCCUCUUCACAAAUGUCAGUUCUGCAACAAGACAUUCACCAACAUGACCAAGUAUUUGUACCACCGCCGGACGCACCUGGAGCGCGGCAUUUCUGACGCCAGCGCCUCGACGGUGGCCGCCCCGACAAGAGCGUCUCUCUCUGCUCUCGCCAUCAUCCAGCAGGCGAGAGAGCGGAAGCUCACGCUCAGUCACGUCAGCCCACUGGAGCCGGACGUGGAGCAGGAGAAAGGGAAGAUGGUGGACGCUGCAGACGACUCUUGUGAGAUCCUUAUUUCCAAUAUCAGAACGUUGAGUCAGAAGGGCUCAAACGCUAAAGUGUCGGUUGCUGCCCAAGGCCAGACGGAGCUGGCGCCGAAAACCGAUGGACCUGAGGAGGCCAGUGUGGGAGUCGAUGCUCCUCCCCAACAGACAGAAGAAGGUGGGGUGCCUUGCCCAUCUUGCACAGAGACCCUCCCCUCGCGCCAGGCUCUCAUUCGGCAUCGACGGAUUUGCCACGCCGCCGAGCGCAGCUUUGUUUGCGGCGUCUGCGGCAAAUCCUUCAGGAAGCGGAUUCACGUGCGCAACCACAUCCGCACGCACACGGGCGAGCGGCCCUUCCAGUGCUCGGACUGCGGCAAAACCUUCUCAUCCCUCACCAACCUGAUGCGGCACAACCUGGUGCACUCGGGCAUCCGUCCGUACCGCUGCGACGUCUGCCAGCGCUGCUUCUCGCAGUCGUCCAAUCUGCGGCAGCAUCAGCUGCUGCACUCUGACACGGGGCCCCUCACCUGCCCCAACUGCUCCGCCACCUUCCGCCGGCCCGCCAAGCUAGCAGCGCAUCGCUACACCAACCAUCCCGGAUCCCCCGCGCCCUUCCCCUGUCCUCACUGCGAAGCUGGCUUCUUGACCCGGAGACAGAGGGACAGCCACUGCGCGGAGCAGCAUCCGACUCUGUCUCAGGCUGUUCCUGACAAGGGCAAAGAUUCUGAUCCCUCUGCGGAGUCCAAACCCGAGGAGGGGUCCGCUGUCUGCCGUGGGGGGUUCGAGUGUGAGGUCUGCGGCAAGAAACUUAACUCUGCUGCGAACCUGCGGCUGCACAAACUCAGUCAUGCCGCAGCACCAGGGAGGCCACGUCCGCCGGCAGGGAUGCGACCCAAGGCCCACCAGUGCCCCGUCUGCGGGAAGCUGUUUGUUUCCUCGUCGGGAGUGGCCCUGCACCAGCGAGUCCACACCGGCGAGCGUCCGUUUCCCUGUCAGGUGUGUGGGAAGCGCUUCCGCCAGAACACACACCUGCGCGAGCACCUGCGCAUCCACUCGGGCGAGCGGCCGUUUUGCUGCGAGGUGUGCGGGAAGGGCUUCAUCCAGAGCAUGCACCUGGCCGAACACCGGCGGACGCACACGGGCGAGCGCCCGCAUGUGUGUCCGGAGUGUGGCAAAGCCUUCAAGACAUUCUCCAACCUAAGGAACCAUAAAAAGACGCACGCACGGCAAAGGAAGCUGGACGCCGAGGCUGCCGCCGCACCAGAGUCCGAACCUGCCGUGACCAUGGUUGACGCUUCUGCUGUCGAGCUGGUGAACGGUCAGCACCAGCUCAUCCAAAUUCAAACAGCGGACGGUCAGCAGGUGCAAGGGACCCCAACCAUGCUGUGCAAUGAGUUUGGGGAGACCAUUGCCAUCAUAGAGACCAGCGAGGGAGGGGUCCUUCCUCUGGAGCAGGCGCUACAGAUCUACCACACGGCACUGGAGAACGGCCUGGCCAUGGAGACGGUGGCUGUGGAGGGACUGCAGCUGCUCUGAGGAUGGACGGGAUAUCUUUGAGACCAAAUGAAAUAUAGUCACAUGACAAGUGAUGGCUGCGUUUAUGGUAAUGUGGCUUUAAUUUCAGACACAGGUCGUGCCUGUAAUGAUUUUUUUUUUUACCAGUUUUAUUUUAAUUGAAUGAAAUGGUUUUUUUUCCUUUGUUCAAUGAAAUUCAUUUGUAUAUAUAGUAGAUGAACAAAUAAAUCAAUCUUAAAU